AUGUCUGGUAAGAAGGGAGAUCAGUUGGGUUUCGCGGAAAAUUUCUGCCUUAGCGGUGCCGCUGCGGUUAUUGCUAAGACCGCAGCUGCUCCGAUUGAGCGCGUCAAGCUCCUGGUUCAAAAUCAGGGUGAGAUGUUAAAGUUGGGAACACUGGACAAACCUUACAAUGGUGUUAUUGAUUGCACUCUAAGAACCUUCCGCUCCGAGGGUCUUUUGCCAUUCUGGAGAGGAAAUCUUCCCAACUGUCUUCGUUAUUUCCCAACCCAAGCUCUUAACUUUGCCUUCAAAGACAAGGUUAAGGCUGCCAUCAAGCCCAACAAGGACGAUCCUUAUGCUAUUGCUUUCUCCAAGAAUGUUGUUAGCGGUGGUAUUGCUGGUGCUCUGUCACUUGUCUUUGUGUACUCAUUGGACUACUGUCGAACUCGUCUUGCAAGUGAUACCAAAUCGGCCAAGAAGGGUGCUGCUCGUCAAUACGACGGUAUGAUUGAUGUUUACAAGAAAACGUGGAAGACUGACGGUAUUGUUGGUCUUUACCGUGGUUUCGUGAUCUCAUGUAUUGGUAUUGUGGUUUAUCGUGGAUUCUAUUUCGGUCUCUAUGAUACCAUCAAGCCUAUCUUCCUUGGUGAAGAUGCCGGUGUCACCCUUAGCUUCAUUUUGGGUUAUGGUGUUACCGUUACUGCUGGUCUCCUCUCAUAUCCCAUAGACACUAUUCGUCGUCGAAUGAUGAUGACUUCAGGUGCUGCUGUUAAAUACAAGGGGUCCAUUGAUUGUGCUGUGAGCAUUAUCCGUGAAGAAGGUGCUAUGGCUCUGAUGCGCGGUGCCGGAGCUAAUAUUCUCCGAGGCGUUGCCGGUGCUGGUGUACUCGCUGGUUUUGAUAAAUUCAAACAGGUCUACAUCACCUAUCGUCUUGGAAAACCCAGUGCUUAA